AGAGCAAAGACGAUGGCAUUCUCGAAGUUGCCUGACGACGUGAUCUCUCAGAUCAUCUCUCUCACAACUCCACGAGACGCUUGCAGAGUAUCGUCGGUCUCUACCUCCUUCAGAUCGAUCGCAGAUUCAGAUCAGGUGUGGCUCAAAUUCUUGCCGCCUGACCACGACAAGCUCGUCCUCCCUCAGGUAUCACCCAAGAAGUCACUCUACCUCCAUCUCUGCGAUCAUCCAGUCCCCAUCGGCGGCAAUCGAAACAUGGUUAGCGCUCGAUUCGAAACAUGGAGCGAGCCUCACAUCUUCUCGUUGGAUAAGAAGAGUGCAAAGAAAUGCUUUAUGAUCGGAGCAAGAGAGCUAGCAAUCCCAGGGGGAGAUGACUAUCGUUCGUGGUGCUGGAUUGCUGAACCAAAUUCCAGGUUUGAUCAAGUGGCUCAGCUCCUGUUCGCAGGCUGGUUUCACAUCAAAGCAAGACUCGAAACAAAAAUGCUCUCGCCCAAGACGAGGUACGCAGCUUACCUCGUCUUUCAAUUCAGAUGCCAUAAAAGCGGAUUUCAUCGGCCGGCAGUGUCGUGCGUGUCGGUCGAAAGCGACACCGACACGCACAGAGAAUGGCCAACCGUGGUCCUCGACCCCGGAGAAGGGGAGCCUCGGUCGACGAGGGAGCGUGGAGACGGGUGGCUGGAGAUUGAGAUGGGGGAGUUCUACAACGAGAACGGAGACGAUGGAACUCUGGAGUGUAGCUUUAAGGAGGUCGAUGAAUACACCUUGAGGAGCGGUCUCGUUGUUGAAGGCAUCGAACUUAGGCCUAAAGAGACGUACUAAACACAGGCUGAAAAUGUGUCUUUUGACUCAGGAUGUGGUGGCUGCCA